AUUUGAUUGUUAACACGAUGCGAUGGCAGUUGGCAAUUAUGUGGCUUUUCGCCUCCGCGUUUGCAGUACCUUUCAUAAAGUGGCGCCGCCAAAUAGUCACGCCGAAGCACUUGAUGGCACCACCUUUGUCACCCAUCGCACAGGACAAGGUUGUGGUCACCCCGCAGAAGCUUAGAGAAGUGGCUGACUUUAAGGCCAUGAUCCAAAAGGCCGUCGAUGAGAACACUUACGUGGUGGCCGCUGCACCAUCAAAGGAUUUUCUAGCGACACUGGGUGGAAAUUGGGGAGCACCUAUAUCCUUGCCUCACUCCUGGACCGCGCCAGCCUUUAAUCUUACCUUUUUUUGGCAUGGAUUUGGCUAACAACAUGCAAGAAAUUUUAUCAAAUUCGUAGCUCAUACUCGUAGUAAGUAUUAGCAUUAGCGAUCGAAGAAGUGCGGCAAUCGCAUAAGCUUCGAGCCGGGCCUUUUAAGGAACUGCAAGACGAGAGAUCAAAUGCGACCUCUGAUUAAUAAAGUCAAGCAGUAACUAUC